ACGGACAGCCUCUUCCAAGGCCGGCCCCUCUUAAGAGUAGCCCGACCACUUUUACCCCCUCUCUCGUAAGGCCCACCUCCUCUCCACACGUUUCUCAUUCCCUUCCUACCAAACCGUCCUGAAACCGAUUUCUCUCGGGCAAUGUGAAUGUGUCCGUCGAGCGGUACAUAGCUGGUGGGUUUCUGUGCUAGCGGCUCGUUCGGCUGCUCGGCUUGUUAUGUGCGUGUGAAGUGUUACCGAUGGAUACGUCGUUGACCAAGAUGAUACCGCACGUGGUGAACAGGAUGUACCUCAAGCGGGAGAUGGAGCUGCGGCGGCUGCUCCACCAGGUGCGGUGCUGGCUGCGGGUGAUGUUUGUGUUGGCCAACAACCUCUACUGCAUUCCCACCUAUCUGACGUGGAUGUGGAUCAUCUUUUACCCCCUCCGUCUUCUCAUUCCUCCUCUCUACUGGGCCAUUGAAAGGCAGCUCUUCAAGCUCCUCCUACUCAUGGUGUCUUUCUGGAGCUGGAGCGCAGAGUACUAUGUGGAAGAAGUUGGUGAGGACGUUAGCGACUGUUUCAACGAGCGCUCGGUGGUGCUGGUGAACCACCAGAGCACGGCUGACGUGCCCUUGCUCAUGGCGUCGUUUCAAGUGAAGAAGUCCGUCACGGAACACCUCAUGUGGAUCAUGGACCGACUUUUCAAGUUCACCAACUUCGGAGCUGUUUCUUACACACAUGGUGACUUCUUCAUCACGCAGGGCAAGGAUGUGCGUAGCAACCAGCUUCAGAAGCUGAGGGACCACAUAUUCGACGUGUAUAUCCGCAGAGGCCUCAAGUGGAUUGUGCUGUUCCCAGAAGGGGGAUUCCUACGAAAGCGAAUUGCUACUAGUCAAAGGUACGCCAAGGCCAAUAACUACCCAAUCCUCGAACAUGUGACACUGCCACGCACAGGAGCUCUCAAGGUCGUGCUCGACACUCUCUCCAGGGAGAACCUUGCCAAGGUGACAAAAGGCAAGGAAGAACCGUUGAAGUGGAUCGUCGACGUCACCAUUGGCUACCCCGACUACGGCAAACCCCUGGACCUGCUCAUAAUCUCCGGCGGCUUCCGUAAACCCUGCACCGUCCACAUGCACUACCGGCGCUUCCCCGUCUCCGACGUUCCCUUCGACAGCCAGGAGAGGCUGACAAAGUGGCUCUACGACCGGUGGGUCGAGAAGGAAGAGCUCCUCGACGAGCUCUACCGCACGGGACGUUUUCCCGGACGCUUGCACACGCGCGAGGGCACCCCAUCUUACGCGCCCCUCCGCGUCCAGCCCUUCAGGGUCGACUUCAACAUUGCGUGGAUCGUGCUCAUCCACGCCUUCUUCAUCAUGUCGACGCUGUUCCACGUCGCAUUGUUCCGCUGGAUCGGUUCGUUAGUGCUGUGGUGAUGAUGCGCCCCGUGUUUUCACACGUACUGGACCCGUGGGAUGGGGUGGGGGCUUGUGUUGUCCCUGACCCCCCCCCCCCCUUUUUCCGAGCGAAGUGUGUGUUGCUGGUUCAGAAAAACGUUUGUUUGAUUGCGUCACAUUUGAAAGUGUGAGAGGAUGUUUGCUGCAGUCUUUUUUUAGCUUGCGAUUUUUUGUGUGACUCGACCCUUAAGUUUUAGUUCCGCCCUCGUAGCUCGAGAGUUUGUUCUGCACUUUGGCGAGCCUUUAAAUUCAUCGACUGCCGAAACAUCGCUAGGAGCAAAGACUUCCGCGCCCCAAGCACAGUUCGGGGCGGAGUCUCCGCCGCCCGUUGAUUCGGGAGUUGGCGGACGCGGAGGAUUGCUCGCUCGUCACCUUUACGGUCUGUUUCGAUCGACGGUGAUCUCGGCAGCGCCAUGGGACACGUUCUAAGCAGCAGCAGGCAGCAGUCGAAGUUUAUUUUUUGCGGUAUCGGCGAACAUAUUUUAGCUUUUCUGUCGCCGAAUUUCUUUGGCAACACGUCGCAGCACUGGGCAUAUUGCGGAGCAUCUUCCUUCUGUCAUGGGAUAGACAUCAUCCAGCUGAAAUCUCGGUGCUUCGUGCUGACCUUUCCUCUUCCUCCUCCGCUUAUUCCUCUUCACAAAUGUUUUUUCAGGUGUGUAGUACAUUGUUAUUUUAUUGCUUCGAUGUCUGGAGUUUCGAAAAAUUGAUGGCAUUUUUCCCUCUUGCAUUUCUUCUUCUUUUUUUUUUUUUUUUUUUUUUUUUUGUAUGCGUAACAGUAUAGCGCGCAUUGUUGCACUGAGCAUCGAAGCUUCGAACGCAUGCACAUCAAAAAAGAAAAUCGCUGGACUGCAUUCGACAUAAGGGUAAAAAACGAACCUACUUCUGCUGCCACUGCUCGGAACGUUCUCCCGCUUCUGCUUCGAGACAUUUUUAUUUGCCGCUUUUCGUUCUAGAAUUGCCUUUGUAAAUACGCACCCGCGAGAAAAUAUACCUUGCUUGUGAGAGGGACUCGAGGGCUCCUUCAUCGCUGUACAAACUUGGAACGUUGUGUUCACUGCCUGUAGGGUUGGCAGCCCCACGAUGCCAGCUAACGGCUGCGUAGAUGUUAGGACUGGCUGCUUUUCAUCUAAACUGACACACGCAGUGCAGCACUGACUCUAACAGACACAACAGUGCCGGUGGAACGGUAGAGAGACACGAGGCUGUCUUACAGACUUUUGGGAGAAACGUCCCGUGGUACACCGCGGGUUUGUGACGGCGAAUAACAACGCUUCUCUGCCACGGUCUUCCCGUCGUGGCUGACGGAUGUCCACGGGACGAAAAUCGGACGUAUUUUGGACGUGCUCGUCGCGAGGGGGGUUCGGAUCUUGCGGGGACUGUUUCGAAGACAUUUUUCGAAGACUAAGUUUCGAAGACAUUCAAAUUUGCGGUGGACUUUCGAAGGCUUUUAAUUUUCACAAUUUUAUCGCGACAGCUUCGAUGGCCGAGCUGUUAGGCACGGCGACUCUUAUACUAUGAUUUCACCCACGACAGGAAAUGCAGGUCUUGUGAUGUUCAGCCAGCCCAAAAAUCCUUUGGAAUUGUGCCGCACGUACACUUCGUUCAUGUGGUCAGUCUUCGUACGCAAUUUUGGCGCACUCACCGUGUUUCUUUGUAGUACAGACCCAUAGGUUCUAAUCAACGAAACGAACUACCCACCGUCACUACGUCAACAUUGUGAUCAUAGUUUUUGUUUUAUUCUAUGUAACCGCAUCAAGCAUGAAAAAGGUAGCUUACGAUGAAACGUUGUUUCUUCGGAGUAGAAACAAGACGAGUCUGAGCUACUUGGGAUUUGGGGACUGACAUAGUUCAAAUUAUUGAAGUUCCACUGCAAUUACAGAAGUUGUUAGUUUGCUAGCUCAGUUCAGUGACAAAGACAGACAAUAGCCCAUGCACAAAUAGUAUUGUAUUAAAUAGUAUUAGCUUACUCUAGGGUUGAAGAGGGCCUAUUAAAGUAUGUUGGCAAGAAAAAAGAAAAGAAAAAAAAGCUACUCGAGUACUGUUUACAGCUAACAGAGGAAGACAGACUAGAGGAAAAUAUCGCAAUCUUGUGUCACGGAUGCAAGUAUGAUGCAAGUGGGUGACCUUAGAGGCUGGCCGUUACGUUUCUAUAAAAGUAACUUUUGCAAACGUGCAUAUGUAGUAGUGUCUCGAAGAAACACACUGUAGAUAGCAGCGCUUAUAAAUUCAACGGUUCAUAGAUUUGACAGGCUGAGUGAAACCACGCAGCGGCUUUUUUUUUCUUUUUUUUUUACGUUUAAGACACGCACAUGCCCAAGAAAGAUGUAGAACACCACAUUAAGAAUAUGUAACAUACAGUUUAUAUGUGUGGUAGUUUGUAGCAGAACAAAGGGUUCACAUUACAAGAGGCAAAAGAACGUUGUAGAUAUGCUUUUGAACUUUCCAAAGAUGAUGUGAUUGCUGCAGAGAGAGUUACGUCUUCGCGUAGGAAUAUUACAAAUAAAUAGUCCGUAUUAUAGAUAUUGUAGCACACACAAUCAUUCGUCUUCGUUGCAGGCAUUUUUGUGUGCGUAGCACAACCCUUGUGUUCUUUCUCCCCUUUUUUUUUAACCUAUUUAUUUGCAAAUUAUUCUGAGCAGGCUGCAUUUGUUGUAGGUAGGCACAACGUCACGUAUUAAGUGGGCAACCAACUUGUAAAUAUUGUACACAGUUCUCAGUAGGACACAUAUUUGUGAUUAUGAAUUGAAGGGCUGUAAUUUGCGUAGACUCUUUUCUAAUAAAUACAUCAUACCUCACGAGAAA